UUCCCCCAAUUGUCGCUAAAAGGGAAAGGGCAGAGAAGAGUAGAAAAGAGAUGGCUCGCAGUAUAUCGUACAUUACAGGGUCGCAGCUUCUCUCUCUGAGACGCCAUCCAAGCAUCGCAAUCGUUGAUGUCAGAGACGAGGAGAGGAGUUACGACGGACACAUUUCGGGGUCUCUUCAUUACGCGAGCGGCACUUUCUCCGAUAACAUCUCAAAUCUUCUUCAGGCAGUUCAAGGCAAAGACACCCUUGUCUUCCACUGCGCUCUAAGUCAGGUUCGUGGCCCAACGUGUGCUAGGAAGUUUUUCAAUUAUCUCGAGGAGCGUAAGGAAGAUACCGGGAUAAAGAACAUUAUGGUCUUGGAACGUGGCUUCAACGGGUGGGAAGCUUCUGGUAGACCUGUUUGCCGCUGCACUAAUGUUCCUUGCAAAGGAGAGUGAGAGCGUGGAGCGCAUUGUCUUGUGAUAUUUGCACUCAUUUAUAAACAAAAACAGUAGAGUGUUGGCUAUGAUUACAUCAUUAUAUCAUAUGUAAAGCCCCACAUAUAUCACGGGUAAACUGAAUAAUGAAUACCAUUGUUUCUGUUUUGUCCAUCACUUAACUAUGUAAGAAAUCCUUCAAUGGAGAGUGCCAAGAAUAACAAAGAUACUCUUUUUCUUUCUCAACUUCC